AUGGGCAUUCACUGCAUGGCGAAAUCAUCAAAGAGUUUGAGGAAGCCGAGGCAGAUUCGGCCACUGAAUAGUCGAGUGUCCAACUUGGAGAAGCAGAUUGAAACCCUGACUGCUGCUCUGGAAGGACAGAAUCAGGGAACCUCGGCCACGUCGCCAACGCAUGAAUUUGCGCUUUCUCACCCUAAUUCUAAAUCGUCGCCUGUCGUUCUCACUCCGGAGUCACCCGCAUUUGCUGGCGAACAUGAAAAGGCCGCCGCGACGAAUCAUCUUUGCGGCGACCAUCGUCAACCGCUUCCACGAAGUGCUUCCACCACCGGAGUCCAGCCUGGUCCGAUAUACGGACUGACUUGGCCGCAGUCUGAUCGGAUUCUGUCCCUCUUUAGAGACAGAUUUAUUCAGAAUUUCCCCUUCUUAGUACUGGACGAUCAAAUGACCGCAAAGGAAAUGUACCUCGCAAAGCCGUUCCUCUUUAGGGUCAUUAUGCUAGCGGCAGCACCGUUGCCGAUUCCGAGAGUGACCAAGAUGAAGAGGAAUGUGUUGGCUUACUUGGGCCAGCACAUGCUUGUCGAAGAGGAGCGACAGCUAGAUUUGCUGCAAGGAUUGUUGAUUUGCAUCUCAUGGGCUGAUCUACGGACACUUUUCGACGAGCAAAUCACCAACCUGACGUAUCUAGCUCUGGGAUAUGCACACAACUUGGGCAUCACCAAGAUUCCGCCUUCGCUUCUGCAACAGAUUGGUAUGGAUGAUGCGCCUGAGGACUUGCGACAGACAAAGAAGGAUAUGAUUACGGCCAAGAUGCAUUCUAUCGAGGAACAACGGACCUUUUUAGGGUGUUAUUGUCUCUUGUCGGUCAACUCGACCCUCUUUGGCAGACAGAACCCCUUGAGAAGUCAAUAUGUAGAUCUCUGCUGUGAAUCCCUCAAACGCGCCCGCGAACAUCCCUCGGACAUCUUCCUCGAGCACAACGUACGCCUCGUCCAAAUGGGAGAGAAAAUCUCUGAAGCUUUCGGCGCAGCAAAUGAUCGCGAAAGAGGCAAACCCUAUCUCUUCCUGCUCGACGACCAAUCGCGCGGAUUCCGCGAAGAACUAGACACGCUGAUGGAAUCGCUCGACCGGCAACAAAUCCAGGAUCGCGCCUUGUACGCACACCAGGUUCCUUCUGAAGAAUUCGAUAACUGGGAACGCUUCUUCACACUACACUACAACUACCUCCUGGUGCGGCUCUACGAACCCGCCACAUUUCUCCACGAAAUCCCCGAAGAAAGCGGCGCGCCAUCAACAUACCGCUCACAAUGCCUACGAAAUUGCUUAUUCGCCGCCAAGGCCUAUUUCGACAUUCUCUUCACCCUCCCAGCAUCGCAGUACAUCUACCAAUCCAUCACGUUCACCGAGCAAAUCACCUUUGUGCUCGUCAUAACCACGCGGCUGUUGCUCCUCGAAACAAAAGACUGGGACGUCCACUUUGCCCGCAUGACGAUGAAUUUCCUCUCCGUGGUGGACCGCCUCGUGCAGCGCCUCGAUGCCUCCGAGGCAGACCGGAUCCGCGCAGUGGGCAGGUUCGUCACGGAGAUGGGCGUGGAGGCGACGGCUGCUGAAGUCGCGACGGAGGGAAGAGUGGCCGACAUUGCGAAGAAGAUGCGUUGGAUAAGGAUAUGGUUCGAGAGGAGGGCCAACAAGGAUGGCAUCAGUGCGAGCCAGGUGCCGCAGGAGUGGCCGGUGGAGGAGCUGGAGAAUAGGGGUGCCAGGGCGUUUGGGAUGGGGACGAAUGGGCCUGUUUGGUUUACGGGGUUGUUGUCGAAUUCGGCGUGGAACUUUGACGAUGUGGAGUUGUGA